GGUCCUCCGCUGCGUCCUAAAAUACUGAAGCAUCUUCUAUUUUUGGCCCGAAUCUAGCAGGAAUAUCCGCUCGUUUAGCCCGAAUCAGAGCUCAUCAAAAACAGGAUGACCUGCAUCGAGAAACUCCCGUUUCCUCUGUUUCAUCCCAGAGCAUCUCAGCGGCCGCUGGGCUCUCUUAUCAAGAGUCUGCAUGCGUUAGAAAACGAGAAAAAGGAUCAGGACGCGUGAAAAAUAUCGCUUUAUACACACACACACACGCGCGCGCGCGCGCGCAUCAGACGCGUAAUCUAAAAUUAAUGCAUUCGCAAUAAAAAACAUAAUAGCUCAACGUUUAGUCAGUUUAUAUCCAUGUUCAUCAGCUAAAUAAUGUGAAAUUAAAACGAGCUGAUUUAAUUGAAAAUGGAGGCCAGUGGUGGAAAUGUGUAGCGUUGUGUCGUUUAAUAAACCUGGUGAUUUUUAAGAGUCGCGAUGGAAGUGCUCGUCGUGUUUGGGGCGUGUUGGACCGUUCUGUCGACUUCCAUUGGCUCACAGAGAGCCAAUCAAUAACGGAACUCCUGCUUAGAGCUUUUCGGACUCCUGUCUGGAGUUUCAUACUUGAGGAGAAACGCGAGAGAGGCCGACUCUUACAGCCGAGCGUCGCGUUACACGCAGUUGCGCGCGGUUCCCUCGUCAAGAAGUUGUGGGCUUCUCCUGCCAGGAUGUACACGGCGGGACUCAACCCGUUUUACGCGUCGAACUUCAGCCUCUGGACCGCGUACUGCUCGGGCGGCUUCGGGCUGGACAGCGUGAAGAAGCCCUCGUUCUGCAUCGCCGACAUUCUGCACGUCGGGGACGGGGACAUCCCCGGCUCGUCCUCGCUCGCGGCGCACGUCGGGGCCCGCGCGCAGCUUCACUCGCCGGGAUCCCCGUUGCGCCCGUCGCCGGUCACCCCGAGCGCGUACCACAGGCACGGAAUACACUUGACCUCCAGAGCCGCGAUCGGCGCGCAGCCCGCGCCCCCGCCGUCCAGCAAAGACCUCAAGUUCGGGAUCGAUCGGAUAUUAUCCACAGACUUCGAGCCGAAGGGGAAGGAGUCGCUGUCGCUGAGAGAUCUCACGUCGAUUGUUAGUCCGAAUCGGCAGGCAGCAGUCCAUGUGUCUGCAAGCCCGUACUUCGCGUCCAUAGACCCGACCAUGAGCGAAACCUCCUCCAUGAUGGGUUCAAUAAGCAAUGCCGCGAGACAAUCAGGGCAACACCAGUUUCAAGACACCUUCCCAGGGCCCUACGCGGUGCUUUCCAAAGACACGAUGCCGCAGACGUACAAGAGGAAGAGGUCGUGGUCCAGAGCCGUGUUCUCCAACCUCCAGCGGAAAGGCCUCGAGAAGCGCUUCGAAAUCCAGAAGUACGUCACGAAGCCGGACAGAAAACAGCUGGCUGCGAUGCUGGGCCUCACCGACGCGCAGGUCAAAGUUUGGUUCCAGAACCGGAGGAUGAAGUGGCGGCAUUCCAAAGAAGCGCAGGCGCAGAAAGACAAGGAAAAAGAGCAGCCGGAUAAAUCCGCGACCGACACCGAGCCCAAGGAGCGCGACGACUCCGAGUGCGAGAGCGAACCGAGCGAGUCCGAAUUCGAGGACGGGGCGGAGGACAAAAGCGACGCGGACGUUUCCGACCCGAGCAAAGCCGGUGUGAUUAUUCCCGGCCACGACGCGUCCGGCACGAACUCCACGACAGAACCGAGCCCGGGCGCGCUGCAGACGCCGCCGUGAGGAUCUUACCGGGGCGGGCGCGCGCGCGAGCGAGGAGCAAAAACACCGGAGGCCCGCCUUGAAUCGAUCUGGGAAGUGAACGGUCGUGAAUUAAGACGUUGAUAAACUUGAUUGUAUUAUAUUUUGUCUGUAAGUAUUUGCACUGAAAAUGUAAAUAAACGUUUGUUACUAAUAUUC